AUGAUGAACACGGGCCGCGGAGACCAGCAGUCUCAGAUGGUGCAGCGGGUGAUCGCGCGCUUUGAUUUCAACGCAUCUGAGCCGGAAGAGUUGUCAUUCCAUCGGGGCGAUGUGAUCGAAGUGUUGGGUCAGGAGGACGAAAAUUGGUGGCGCGGUCGAAUCUCCAGCACUGGCUCCACUGGACUUUUUCCUGCCAAUUACGUAGACACCCUACCACCCAUUAUGCCCAAUGCUGCUCAUCGCCCUGCCAAUUAG